UCCAUUGAUGACGCAAUAAAAGUAAACAAUAACAGUGUGGAAAAAUGAGUGCCGUCCGGAAGGUUUUCUCUUUUUCUUUGGCCACAGCUUCCUGUGUGGUCACAACCUUUGCUGUCUACAAACUAGCAUUAUUCCUCUCCACUCCGGGUGUGGUGAGAGUGGAGAAGGUCUGGUUCUACAAUUUCCUGGACAAUGCAAGUCUCAUGCAUGAGAUACUCUCGACACUUGUGGCAGAUUUACUGCUCCUGUGCCUAUUUAUCCUACCUCACAGUCUCCUGAAGACCGAGGCUGUGAAGGGAUUCUUCCACAGGAAGGGAUUUGCUUCCUGGGAACGAUGUACUUACUGCCUGGUUAGCUCAUCAACCCUCUUGCUUCUCAUGAAGUACUGGGUAUCAGCCCCUGGAUUGAUCAUCUGGCGCCUGGAUGUUGCAAAGCAGGACAAACUCUGGUGGCUCUUUGUCCUUGUUCAUGCAUUCGCCUGGACAGUGAUCUAUGGAGGGUCUUUGAUUAUGGACUUGCUAGAGAUCCUCGGAGCUAAGCAAAUCCACCACGAAGCUAAUCACCUGGCUCCUCCUCUGCUGUACAAAGCCACUGAACUGAGACGUCUCUACGGACACGUUCGUCAUCCCUCCUUCAUCUGCAUCACUGUCAUCCUCUGGACAGUCAAUAUCCUCACGCUGGAUCGCUUUGUGCUAAAUGUUCUCCUGACUGUCUACAUGUAUCUGGCUUGGAAUCCAGAUAGCCAGGAUUUGCAGUAUCACAGAAGUCAGCUUUCGAGGAAGAAGUACGAGCUCUCCCUCAGAAUUCAAGAAUAAUUUCACAAAAUCGAUUUUCAAUUACAAUACAUCCAUUUAAACGGAAGAACAAUUUUCAAAAAUACUCCACAAAUAAAAACCGUGACUAACAUCGCAAAUCUAUCAAUUUUCUAACAUAAAAUAAAAUUAAAUAAUAAACUAAAAAAUGUUUUCUACCUAAAAAAUUGUUUGAGAAUAAAAUUAAAAUAAAAAGAUAAACAAU